GGGCUGGUGGACAUGCAAAAACCCCCAGAAAUGAUAUCUGGCAACAUGACUGCAGCAAUGUGUGUGUAUUCCGCUUUAUUCAUGAGAUUUGCAUGGAUGGUACAGCCUCGCAACUAUCUACUUUUAGCAUGCCAUGCCUCAAAUGAGUCGGUGCAGCUAUAUCAGCUCUCCCGUUGGGCAAAGGGUCAGGGGUACUUGCAGCAGAAGGAAGAGAAACCCUUAUCUGAGUGA